AUGCUCUCAUUAUUUCCGACGGACAUCUCGCUCUACAUCCUAUCAUUUCUGUCCUUACACGACCUGCGAUCAUUGCUACUUGUAUCGCGGGAGACUCACCACCUUGUCGCCGACAACGAGUCCACGGUAUAUCACCAAGCAGCUGUGUUUCACAAGUUCGUGUCGAUCAGGAGCUCCCUCGAAGAUGCGCUUCAAGUCGAGUCCCGCCGAUGUGGUUGGUUAGAGGGCGCUCAGAGCUGGAAAGAACUGUGCCGGCGUUGGACGGAAUUGGAGCGGAAUUGGGACGGGAGGGGGUUUGUGCAUGAAGGCGGGCAUCAGGUCGGCGACUCGAACGGGAUGGAUGGGGUUUUGCACUUCAAGGUUGAUGAAGAGCAAAGGACGAUUGUCGCAGUAUCGCGCUCUGGCGGCCUGACGGUCCGAGCCAUGGAGGACAACCGAAUUUUAUGGAGUCUCGGUAACGACUACAUUUUCCGCGCACGCUGCGAGCUGUCGAAGGGCUUCCUGGUAUUUCCUAGCUCCCGCCAUGGCCUUGAGAUAUGGCGGCGGACAGCCGAUGUAGAACUCGGGUCUGAUGUAAUCGGAGAGACAGUGUUGUCGCCAAUCAGUGGCCCGUCGCCUGCGGCUGCCCUUGACUUCCAGUUCGAAGCGUCCAAACUCGCCGCUUCGACACAUCCAAGUGUCAAUUCCGCCAUGCGACUGCGCGGGCAAUACACCCCGCAUGCGUAUCUUGGCCACCCGUUCGUCAACCUUGUCCGCAUCUAUCGCCUCCGGUUCCCAGUGCUCGCGCUGAUGAGCGCGCUGGACCGCAACGCGGUGCUGAUAUUUGACGUGUGCGAGGGCGUCCUAUUGCGUCGCGUCUCGUUUGAAGCCUUUCAUCCUAUCGACAAAUACCUGUCGGUGUGUCUUCAUUCAGCAGUCUUCAUGGUGCCAUGGCGGACGUCGGCACAGGACUCAGAGGGGCGAACGCGUGCCAUGGUGCUCGCGGAGACCGACUUACCACAGGAUCUACAAGAUGCAUCAAUGCAACUAAGGAAAGUUACCGUUCCUAAUCACCACAUUAGCACCCGCCAUUCGGACUGUCGGGUUGACGGGAACGUCGCGUGCGUUCCCGGUGCAGAUGCAGUGGAGCAAUUUGAAAUUGUACCCCCAUCUGCGAGCACCCGCCUGGCCAAUAAUAGUCAGGCUCUCGUCCCAAUUGGUGCGCAUCGUGUUCCGCCCUGUUUCGUCUCAGCACGAAUGUCUCCUGAUGGACGACACUUUGCCGCUGUGACGGUAUUCGGGCUGCUGUAUCUCGUUCCCAAUUUCGCUCGUGUCGAACGGGGAGCCACUUCGUUUUCGGAAAUUACGACACGGAUAUAUAUGGGUGAGUGGUUGAGAGAUCUUGUCUGGGAGGAGCACCAGCAACGACGGCUAGUGAUGAAAGCUGCAUCCGAAGAUAUAUUCAUAGUCAAUCUUGACGCAUCCUUCCACUUCCCUCGGGAGCCCAUGCCGUACGAGUUGCAGGACGACCGCGACACCUUCGCGAACGUGCGCAUCUCGCACCUCAGCGAUUUCAGCAACCCCACGCUGGGGUGGGCGCGCGAACGGGGCGUGGCGUUCAACGGCGUGCAACUGACACGCACUGCGGUCUGGAUGGUGUGGGACCGCGCGCUGCUCGACGACACGGUGCGCAGGCGCGAACACCGCAGGAGGCAGCGAGAGUGGGAGGACAACGAGUCUACCGAGCCCCGUUCUUCGCCCGGGAAUGGUUCGCUCUGCUUCGCCAGUUUCGCCGCAGGGAUGUGA